AUGCCAAGGGUACCACAAACAAGGGUACCACAGAAAAGGGUACCACAGACAAGGGUACAACAGACAAGGGCACCACAGACAAGGGCACCACAGACAAGGGUACCACAGACAAGGGUACCACAGACAAGGGUACCACAGACAAGGUACCACAGACAAGAGAACCAUGCCAAGGGUACCACAAACAAGGGUACCACAGAAAAGGGUACCACAGACAAGGGCACCACAGACAAGGGCACCACAGACAAGGGCACCACAGACAAGGGUACCACACUCAAAGGUACCACAGACAAGGGUACCACAGACAAGGGAAUCACAGACAAGGGUACCACACUCAAGGGUACCACAGACAAGGGUACCACAGACAAGGGUAUCACAGACAAGGGUACCACAGACAAGGGUACCACAGACAAGAUAACCAUGGCAAGAGUACCACAGAAAAAGGGACCACAGACAAGGGAACCACAGACAAGGGUACCACACUCAAUGGUAGCAAAGAAACAGGUACCACAGACAAGGAUAAAACAGACAAGGGCACCACAGACAAGGGUACCACAGCCAAUGGUACCACAGCCAAGGGUACCACAGCCAAGGGUACCUCAGCCAAGGGUACAACAGACAAGGGUACCACAGACAAGGGCACCACAGACAAGGGCACCACAGACAAGGUCAGCACUUAUGUGGAAAUGA